GCGGUGGAGUCGGGGAGGGCUUUAAGGGUCCCCGCCGCCCUGCGGGUGUUGUCUGUUGGCGCCCACCUGGCUGAGAACUCCCUCAGAGGGUAACGGCUGCAGUCGCGCUAGUUCUGUAACGGGUUUAUGAACGGCCGUAGCGUGGGCUUUUCGGAAAAUCCCCGCCUGUGCCGGGCGCUAGCGAGCUCCUGCUUCUGCCGCAGCUCCUCCGGACCUAAGGCCGUGGAAUUCACCUCAGAAAAGAGGCCCUGCCCUGACGCAGUGCUGCAGCAAAGCCAGCACCCGCUCUUGCAGGUCUGCCGCUGCUGGUCAGUGCGGCAGAGAUGGGCUGGAGGGCUCAGCAGGCUCUGGCGCGGCUGUGUGCUCGGUAGGACCCGUGAUCGUCACCGAGGGGUUUUUACAUCAGCAGAGUGUGCGGGGCUGACGUUCCUCUGUGGCUAGGUUGUGUUGUUUUCCUCUUUUUUUUUUUCACAAGUUUUUACUGAUGGAGUAGUGCCAGCAAGACUUCUAUGGCAUAGAAUAAGUCUGGAAGACAGAAAAAAGGUUUGCCGUACGCAGGGAUGGAUUUCACGGAAGCCUAUUCCGAUCGAUGUUCGGCCGUGGGGCUUGCAGCCAGAGAAGGAAACGUUAAAAUGCUGAGGAAACUAAUUAAGCAGGGAUACAGCAUCGAUGUUCCAGAUAACAGGGGUUGGGUGCCAAUCCACGAAGCAGCAGCUCACAAUUCGAGUGAAUGUCUGAGGCUGUUAGUUUGUGCAGCUCCAUCUGAUGACUACAUAAACUCAAAGACAUUUGAAGGGCUGUGUGCGCUGCACCUUUCAGCACGCCAUGGGUCUUUGGAAAGCAUUCGUGUUCUUCUGGAAGCUGGGGCCGACCCCAAUGAAGUUACCACCGAAGCAACAACCCCGCUGUUCCUAGCUGUUGAAAAUGGACAUGCAGACGUUGUAAAGUUUCUGCUCCAACAUGGAGCAAAUAUUAAGGGACCUCAUUCUUGUUCCGCAUGGAAUUCUUUGCACCAAGCUUCUUUUCAGGAAUGCACUGAGAUAAUGAAAAUACUCCUGGAGAAAGGGGCAAGCAAGGAAUGUAAGGAUGACUUUGGAAUUACACCUUUGUUUGUUGCUGCUCAGUAUGGAAAACUGGAGAGUUUAAGACUGCUUGUAUCCCAUGGUGCAGAUGUAAACUGUCAAGCCAAGGACAGAGCCACUCCCCUGCUGAUUGCUGCACAGGAGGGCCAUGCCGAAUGUGUGGAACUGCUCUUAUCAAAAGGGGCAGAUCCAAAUCUCUACUGCAACGAGGAUAACUGGCAGUUACCUAUUCACGCAGCCGCUGAAAUGGGCCAUAAAAAGAUAUUAGAGUUGCUGAUACCAGUUACUGAUCGGAUUUGUGACAAAGGCAAAGGCAAAGUGAGCCCUGUGUAUUCAGCAGUAUAUGGUGGUCAUAAAGAAUGUUUGGAAGCAUUACUUAAAGAAGGCUACAGUCCAGAUGCUCAAGAGUGCCUUAACUUCGACUGCAGAUCACCCAUGUGUAUGGUCUUCCAAAAAGAGUUUUUUAAUUUCAUUGAUAUUUUCCUGAAAUACGGGAUCACCUUACUUGGGAUUAAUUUGGGAUAUUGCCUGUUCCAUGAAAAGUUUACUUUGUUUCAACGCUUCUUGAAGCUGGGCUGUUCACUGCCUUCUGGGGACCAGUUAUCGGAGUUCCUAAGUUACACAAUUAAAGCGCAUGAGGAGUACAUGGAAUGGCUGCCUUAUCUGCUCUUGGCCGGUUUUAAUCCAGUGAAUUUAAUGCGCAGAUUCUGGAUUUUCUCUGUGAGCGGGAAUGUCCUUAAUUUCAUCCUGGAGUUUACGAACUGGAAGAGACUUCCUCCAGCUGUAGAGCAAGACCUUUCAGACUACAAAGAGAAGUUCCCUUGGACUCCCAAGAGCCAUUUUGCCUUCAUUCCUUCUCUGUUUCAUCUUUGUCGUCUUGAGAUCCGGUCCAUUCUAACGAGUGAACGCCUGCGAUCAGACCGGUUUAUCCGGGAAUUGCCAUUGCCAGCUUGUCUCCAGGACUACCUUCUCUACCUAGAUGUACUGCGAGUCAACGCUAUCCCAGAAGCGGAGGAUUAUCUGAAGCAGAGAGAGGAGGGAGCUCCCUCUACCAGUCACUCCAGUGCUGAAGGUGCAGAGAGGAGGGACACCUGUAACACCUGUGUUAGGUGGUGACUGAACUCUGCAGCUGCAGAUUUUGUAAUGGCAAUUAGCAGACACUGGAGAAGAACUACUGUAAAUAACUGUAGUAAUAAGUCUUUUCAUGCUGUAGUUUUAUACUAUAUCUAGAAGUUUGUUAGAAGUUCUAUGAUUUAUUUGUUUAAAAAGUCUGUUGUAGCUUUCUAAGUCUGUGAACGUUUUCUGGUUUUUGAAAGGAAAUUUUUAACUCUUACGGAGUAAAAUUAGCUUGUUCAAUGAA